UGGUCUGAAGUUAAUUGCUAUGGUAACGGUAAACAGUGUGGAAGUGAAGCGGUUGUUUCGGCGUGGUUCUUCUUCUCUGUUCAGUGAUCUCUAGUUCAUCAUGUCAGACGCGGGCUCUGAAGAGUUUGACGAGGAGCAGGGCUCUCUGGGGGAGUACGAGGGAGACAGAAAUGAAGCAGGAGAGAGACAUGGAAAGGGCAGAGCUGUCCUGCCGAAGGGAGACACUUACCAAGGAGCUUAUGAAACCGGCAAGAGAUGUGGCCAGGGGACAUAUAAGUUCAAGAAAGGGGCCAGAUACAUUGGAGAAUGGUACAUGAAUUUAAAACACGGAGAGGGUGUGUUUUAUUACCCAGAUGGCUCCAAAUAUGAAGGAAGCUGGGUGGAUGACCAGCGGCAGGGUCAUGGUGUUUACACAUACCCCAAUGGAGACACAUAUGAUGGGGAAUGGCUGCACCAUCAAAGACAUGGGCAGGGUACAUACACACAUCACGAAACUGGCUCUCAGUACAUGGGCACAUGGGUCAUGGGAAAGAUGGCGUCCACUGGGCAGCUGAUCCAUCUGAACCACAGAUAUCAGGGCAACUUUGUCAAUAAUAAUCCCUCUGGUCCAGGGAAGUAUGUGUUUGACAUUGGCUGUGAGCAGCAUGGAGAGUAUUUCCAGUUAGAGCCGGACAGAGAAGCAGAGGAAGAUGAGACUCUCAUAACCACCUUCUUAAAGUGGAAACCAAAGGCAGUUACUGGGCUUUCUGUUUAGACCAAUGAGAAGGAUUCUGUCACCUCUGAUCAAGCGGUGGUGGAAAAGUGAGAAAGACAUACAGACCGUCAGAAACACAGAACACCAAAAGAUGAUAAAGAAAAGAGGACCUCCGGUUCAUUAUAUCUGACACUGUCACAAUGGGAUCCUGUAUCGGCAUAUGAGUUUCUGACUGUACAUUAUCACGCUUUUUACAUGGCCUCUUGACAAAUAAAUAAAUGGACAUGCAC